AUGUUUCCGGACGAAUUGCUCUCCGAUGCGGAGUUUGAAAAAGCAUUGGAUGAGCUUUGCGCCAAUCCGGACGAUGAGGUAGGCUACAGUAAUGCUUUUUUUCUUGUUUUCUGUUAUUUGUUUACAUAGUCUUACGUAACCCUCAUUUAUUAAAAUCCAGACGAUUAAUCACAAUUGGAAUUUGAUUUCAGUUCAAACGGGAAUUGACCGAAAUGAUGUCCGAACAUCAAUUGAUAACCUGGGAAGAAGCAGAACAGAUCCUGGGAGACACAGGCGACGAACCCGUCAAAUCAAGUUUGCCUCAGCAAACCAGACCAACCGAGCCUGAUAAUGAUACAAAUGUGGAAGAUACUAUACAGAGAUUAUUACAGAAUGAUCCUGGAUUAGUUCAAGUAAAUCUCAACAAUAUGAAGGUAUGGUUAACAAAAUUAAAACGGGAUGUUGUUGUCCUUUAGAGAACUCCCAUUCCGAAGAUCAAAAGGAUCAUUGAGGCUAUGAGACAGAAUCAGUUCGUCGAGCAGUUAAGUCUGGCUAACAUGGGAUUAUACGACCAUGACGUCAUGGUGAGGUCUCAUAUAGUGAUUACCGUUUGUUGCAGAAUCUAAUUGAGAGUGUCGAAGAUAAUGAAAGUCUGAGGAAAUUGAAUCUGGAGACAAAUUAUCUGAGCGGAGAAUUCUUUGCCAAAUUAUUCGCCGCAGUGAAUAAAAACCAGGCUGUUGAGGAAGUUAAGGCUGUUAACCAAGGAAUGAAUUUCUCGACCACGGCCGAGCGAGACAUCAUUAAGGCCAUUAAAGAGAACUACAGUCUCACUAAGGUCAGCAUGAACAUCCGUUUACCAGAACUUCGGAAUAAAAUUCAGCAAAUAACGAUGAGAAAUCAAGAAAUCAGUAAGUCAGACUCCACUUAUACCGUCUACGUUAAGGGCGUAUAAUGAGAAAACGAGCGGCCGAUGAACAAAAAGCAUUGGAGGAACAAAAAAAAUUGGAAGAAGAAGAGAAGGCCAGGAAGGUAAGAAUCAGAUCUCGGUGGUUAUAAAUUUGUUCAGAAAGCUGAGGUUGAGAAGGCCAAGCAACCUUUAAAGGUGUUCCCUAAAGAGAUGUUGCAAUAUAAUAGAAAGAAAGAAGAGCCCAAGAAACCGGAGGAACAAGAAGUUCGGACGUCCAUUUCCAAAAUAGUUGCCGAAAAGUCGACACUCAAGAAGUACGAUCAGAUAGACAGUCCAUCCCCCCAAAGUAAAGGAAUUGCUCCCAUGAUUCUUGGGGAUCCUGUUCCCGACACUUCUGAAUCCAAAGGGAAGAAUGUUCUCAACCGACUCAAUCAGUUGGAUAAGAAAGAUGCGACAGAAGUCAAGCAUAACGACAAGAACUCUCUGGCUGCGGCAUUGGAAAAGAAGCCGGUCUUGAAGAAAUUACCCUCGCUGGAUCCCAAUCCGAUUGUAAGUAAACCAAACCCAACUCACAAAAUGGAGACAAAGGACUGGCCUCCAAAGCCCAGAGACAAAGCUGAACCUGAAAAGCCUCAGCCCAAGAAGAAUCCUCUGGUAUCCAAAUGGGAAUCGGGAGAAACGGAGAAGAGACACAGGCAAGACUCGCUUGAUGACUUAACAUUGCACACCCAAAGCUUAGAAAACGAAGCACCUGUUACGUCAUCAAAAGAGCAGCCGGGUAAAUUAAGCAGCAAAUUUAAGAAGCCAUCUUAUGACACCCCUCUGAGUCCGACAUCGAUGUCCAUAAUGUCGAUGGAUAUGGACAUCAAACCGAAAACGCUGACAACUGAAAAGAAACUGCCUUCUAAAAUUGUUUCACCAUUCUUCACGAAGCCAAGUGAUGAGAAAGAUUUGGCCUCAUCAUCCAAGAAGAUGACGGGCGUUACAACAAGUAAGGAAGCCAUAUCCAAGAAAGAAACGGAACCAAACAAGCCGUCAAUCUCAUCCGUUCAAGCCAAAUCUCCUCUUAAAAAAGCCGUGUUACCUGAACCAGUAGCCAACGUAUCGCCUCUGACAACGCGAAGAAUAUUUGGAAAGGCCACCGAUGCAGCCAAAGAUCUGAACGAAUCAGUGAACAAAACCAAACUCGCACCAACACCCGAACUUCCGACCACACUCAAGAAGACAGUUCCACCUCAAAAAGCAACAGAAUCUCAAAAGAUACCUGAAACGAAAACAACGCUUCAGAAUAAUGUCAAAUCAACCCCAUCCGAUGAAAAGCAUUUGUCUAUUUCCAUCUCCAAACCUGAACCCCCAAACCCCCGUUCAAAAUUAUUGUCCCCUUCAGCAGAAACCCCGGCCGUCAGUCCUCAAUCAAACCCAUCCAAAAGCCUUUUAUCACCCAGGCUGUCUAAUGACUCAACCUCCGCUGUGUCCGACUCCAGUGCAUUGUCAGCAACCUCUGAAUCCGAACUCAACGUUGGAACAGAAAAGCCCAAGAGGAAAAAGCGAAUUGUAAAAAGAAUCGUAAGGCGAAGAAAGAAAAAGGCCACAGAAGAUGAUAGUGGUGUUAAGGAGAAAGAAAAUAUAAAGAACAGAGAUGACGUCAAAAGUAAUUCAAAUGGGGUCAGAUCGAUCUAGGAUGGAGAACCAUGUGGUGUCGGGAGAGAAAGGCGACAAUAAGGAAUCUAUAGAGAACGGUCACGAUCCCCAAGAAACUGACAAGAUGAUUGGGGGACGGAUGGGAAGUGCAAAUGAUAGUAUCAAACAAGAAAAUGACAUCAAUGGUAGCAGAAGGAGGUACGGCGACUAUACAAAACCAUCGACGAAUGAAGAAGCCCACAAGAAAAGGGGCGAGAUCCCAUCUACAUUGCCUAAGCCUUCUCUACAACCCGAUUACACAUCUCACAAUACAACUGGUAGCAGUUUUUCCUCCAGAAAUCGGCUGCCCUACAGCAGUGGUCUCAAUCGAUAUAGUAAAUACUAAAACAAUAUAGAAUUUCCGUUGUCCGUACAUUUAUGUAUCUUAUCAAAUAUCUAAAUUACAUUUACAAAACACACUUACAUUUACUUUUCAAAAUUUUGAAUAAAAAUUUAUCUUGACUGAAAAGUAAGUGGAUCGGCUGUUCCCAGAGAUGGUUGUAAGUUUAGAUGAUGUCAUAGAUAAGACUUUGUCUGCCAUUCUGAGUAAAGGGUCGACGAAGUUCACUUCCGAAAUACGGGAAGCUACACUUACUUCAUUAUGCCAGAAUGUCGGUGCCGUGUUCAUGUCACAAUCGACUCUACUUGAGCUAGAACCGCCACUAAUUGUAAAUCAGAUAGUGGAUGAUGUAAUAUCUAAUCUAAGCCUUACUAACAGGUCUGCGGUGAUAUACAUGGUCAAUUCGUGGAUCUCCUGAGAAUCUUCAAUCGUUUGGGAUACCCGCCACAUGCAAAUUAUUUGUUUUUGGUAGGCGUAAAACAACACCUAAUCUUACAAUUAAUGGAAUCCAGGGCGACUAUGUCGACAGAGGGAAGUUCAACAUGGAGACGAUUACUCUACUCUUUGCCUAUAAAAUCAAAUAUCCUAACAACUUCUUCCUAUUACGUGGAAAUCAUGAGUGUUCGGCUAUUAAUCAAGUCUACGGUUUCUACGACGAAUGUUCCCGGCGAUACUCUGUAAAAUUGUGGAACACAUUCCAAGUAGGUUACAACGGAUUCCUUAAGACACUUAUUCAGGAUCCCUUUAAUCGCAUGCCUUAUUGCGCUCUGGUUGGGUCGAAGAUACUGUGCAUGCAUGGUGGAAUCUCUCCAUGGAUGACGUCAUUCUCUGCUAUAAAACAACUGGUUAGACCUUUAGAACCAUGUAGUAUAGGUCUGGCACUAGACAUACUUUGGUCGGAUCCCUGUUCCCUGACCUCCGGCUUUUCGCCUAACUUUAGGGGGGUCUCGUAUCUAUUCGGAAGCGAUGCGCUCAAGCGAGUAUGUACAACGCUGAACGUCGAUCUGGUGGCAAGGCAGGUUGCUAUAUAAAGAAGAUCACAGAGGCUCUCUACUUGUACUUUUGCCGUAGGGUCGAAUUUUAGUGCAAAAAAAAUCUGCAUUGGAUUUUAAAACACGAUUUCUGAGGGGCCCUGACUGGAAAAAACCGGGCAUCCAAUAAACUUCUUGCUGAAAUAUUUUUGCCCAAUUCCUUCAUUAACCUACUGUAAUUUACAAUUUAAUGAUUUUACAGUAAUCGACCAUUACAAGAAAGCUACUGAUUAGAAACGGUUGAAAUUGAUAAUAAUCUGUUUUAGGCCAUGCCCGUCAUAACAAACACAGAAUUUCGGCAGUCGGGUUACUGUAACAUACCGUAAUGUGGGUUCGGCCGCACAAAUUCGGCCCUAAAAAGUUAUUUCUGAAUGUCGCAGCUAAUUUUUACAUAUGUUAAUCAACGUAAAAUUAUGCAUUAAAAAAGUGUAAAAAGUCAUGAUCCGUUUUUCGUGGUAUAGUGGGUUUUGGUCAAAUUUAGUAUUCUAAUGGUCGCGAGCUCGAUCCCCGUGGAAGCAAAAUCCGUAAUACUGCCCAGAACCAUAAAAAAUCAAUUGGGCUGAAUCGCAUAGCAUGUAUGGGGAGUAUGAAAACCUUUAUAAGAAGUAAUUUGCAAUUUUGAAGGCGUUUUUUCAAGAUGACAACAGAAUUUUGUUUUUCGUAGAUUAUGGUGCAAAUUUAGUUUCGGAAAGUUGAUUUCCGGGCGUAGCCUAAAACAUGAGUAUUAUCAAUUUCAGCCAUUUCUAAUCAGUAGCUUUCUUGUAAUAGUCGAUUACUGUAAAAUCAUUAAAUUGUAAAUUACAGUAGGUUAAUGAAGGAAUUGGGCAAAAAUAUUUCAGCAAUAAGUUUACUGGAUGUCAUUUUAAAAUUAAAAACUCAAAAUCGGUUUUUCCCUUUGUCCAUGGCUGAUCCAGUGACUCAGAAAUCGUGGUGAUUUUUCAGAAUCAAUGUCAACCCACCCAUUUACAGCAAAAAUAAAAGCCGGGAACGUUUGACCGUCUUUAUAUUUAAUAUCAUCAGUGCUUUCAGAGGCCAUCAAGUCGUUCAGGACGGAUAUGAGUUCUUUGCGGACCGUAAGUUGGUCACGAUUUUCUCCGCCCCCAAUUAUUGUGGAGAAUUCGACAACAGCGCUGCUGUUAUGCGAGUGGACGAGACAUUGCAGUGUUCCUUCGAGGUGUUCAAAUCAACAGAAAUGAAUAUUUACGUUGUCAAUUCCGGGACGCUACCUUCCUAA